ACCGCCGCGCCCCCUUCUUGCUGUCGUGGCUCUUUUGUUAGUGCGCUCAAAAGUCAGGAAGUUAUGAACUACGGCAAUCCGGUUAGGAUGCAGAUCUUUGUCCAGACACCGGCAGGUAAAGCAAUGAAUAUUGGUGUAGAUAGUAAUGACACGAUAAAAAGUAUAAAAUACAAGAUCGAAAGGAAAGAUGGUCUCCCAGUGUACCACCAGACCCUAUUGCACGAAGAGAGAGAACUGGAAGAUGGUAGAAUGCUUCAAGACUACGGCAUAGUCCAGGGCAGCACACUCCACCUCCGUCUUUGCACAGAGGAAGAUAUUAGGGUACGCGUGAGGACACCUUCAGGUGAAGUGGUCCCUGUUGUGGUAGAGAGACACGGCACAGUCCAGAUUCUCAAGUCAGUGUUAGAGGGUAAACUAGGGGUUUCAGUAGAACAGCAAAAAGUCUUUUUUCGAGGCAAUCCACUGGAGAACCAGGUGUCCUUGAUGCAGUAUGGUAUCCAGGACAGGUCAGAGGUGGGGCUAAUGGUUAUGGUCCCUAUCACUGUCAAGACACUGACAGGCCAGGCCUUCUCUCUUGAGGUAGCCACCCAUGAAUCUGUCGAUGAGGUAAAAGGGAAGAUUGCUAGGGUAGCAAAGAUUUCACCUGAGCAGCAACGACUGCUGUACAAUGGGAAGCUUGUAAGCGAUAGCUGCUCCUUGGACGACUACGGAAUCUGUAGUGGCGCUGAAAUUUAUGUCGUACGGCGACUCAAGGUUUACGACAUAAAAGUUAAAGCUUACAAGAGCGAUAAGCGUGCGAUCAAAUUGAAAGUAGACGCCUCUUGUAGUGUCAAAAGAGUAAAGAAAAUGAUAGAGGGAGCGGGUGGUGCCCCACGUCGCUUGCAACAACUUACUCUAUCGGGAGUGUGUCUUGAGGACAGGAGGAGAAUGGGGUACUACAACUCACUCAUGUCCAGGAAGUGCAGGCUAGUUGUGAAGAGUGGGCCGAGCUACCAGGUGUUUGUGAGGGGUCUAUCGGGGAAGACGCUCUCUGUGUGGGUGAGAGGGGAGGACUCGGUGGAGGAGCUAAAGUCUCUGGUCUAUGAGAGGGAGGGGAUUCCUCCGGACCAGCAGAGGCUCUUGUGCAGGGGGAGACUGCUGAGUGACGGGAAGAAGUUGAGGGACUAUGGUAUUCAUAGUGGGAGUACUCUUGAUCUGUGUCUUGGACUCUUGGGUGGUUUCCAGAUAUUUGUGAAGACUUUGACUGGGAAAACUGUCACUCUUGAAGUAUGUGUUAAUGACACUAUUGCCAAUGUUAAGAAUAAACUUCACGAUAAGGAGGGUAUACCUCCAGACCAGCAGCAACUUAUAUUGGCUGGUAAGCGACUUGAAGAUUUGAAAACGUUGGGAGACUACAAUAUUCAAAAGGAAACGACUCUACACUUAUAUCUUUCGGCGCUACAGCCUGGGAGUAUGAUGGUGUGGGUUAAGACUCUAACAGGAAGAUCCCUGCACGUGGGAUUGAACGUGAAUGAUUCCAUUGAAAUGGUCCGAGCUAAAUUACGAACAGAGACAGGAAUUCCACCAGACCGACAACGAAUCAUUUUUGCUGGGAAGGAACUGGAAGAUGGGCACAUUGUGGGUGAAUAUGGCGUUAAACAGGGAUCCACUCUUCAUAUGGUUCUUCGGCCCAGAGGAGGUAUGCAGAUCUUUGUGAAGACUCCAACAGGUAAGACAACCACUCUCAUUGUGGACCCCAGUGAUACCAUUGAGAAUGUAAAGGCCAAAUAUCAAGAAAAGGAAGGAGUAGCACCAGAGGAGCAGCAUCUUUUCUAUGGAGAAAGGUUGGAUGAUACGAAGACCCUGAGUGACUACAACAUUCACAACGAUGCAACUCUUCAUAUUUUACUUCAUUCAAGUAUUAAUGUUAAGACUCUUACGGGUAAGACCCUCUCCGUUUCGACGGAGGCAAGUAGUACCACUGAGGACAUUAAAGCAAGCAUUUGGCACAAAGAGGGAGUACCCAUGGAUCAGCAACGACUUAUAUUUGCUGGAAGGCAACUGCUGGAUGAGAAAAAACUGUCUGAAUACAAUAUUACGAAUGGCUCCACUCUACAUCUUGUUCUUAGGCUAAGGGGAGGUAUGCAAAUAUUUGCUAAGACCCCGGAAGGCAAGAUCACCACCCUAGAGGUGGAGUGUUCAGAUACCAUUCAGACUGUAAAAGCUAAGAUCUGGGACAAGGAUGGGGUACCACCAGAUCAGCAGCAACUCACAUUUUGUAUGCAACGCCUUGAAAACGAGAGAACAUUAAUUGAUUACAAUAUACAAAAGGAGUCUACUCUGCUGUUGCACUACUUGACGUGUGUGUAUGUAAAGCUUGUCACAGGUAGAACUAUCAGUUUUGGGGUGUAUGGCACUGUUGAUAACAUCAAGACCAGAAUUCACAAUCAAAUGGGAAUCCCACCACAUCUACAACUACUCACAUAUGAUGGAAAACUCCUUGAUAAUGGAGAGGCCCUGAGUGACUAUAAAGAAUCGACCCUUUCUCUACGUAAUGCUAUCGUCAAAUUUCCGACAUUCAAUGGAAAACAUAUCGACAUAAUGGUUGGACUCAAUGAAACGGCAAGAGAAGUUAAGGAGAGAAUCGAAAAAUUAGAGGAUAUUCCAAGCUAUAGGCAGAAGCUCAUAUAUGCUGGAAAUAAACUAAAUGACGAUAAAGUGAUAAUGGACUGCGUGAAAAGUGAGCAGUGUAUAAUUGACUGCAUUUUUAAUGGCAGCAUCCAGAUAUUUGCGGAAGUAGACAUACCUGCCCAUCAUUCCAGAAUGUGCUUGGAAGUAAUCCCCGAAAUGCAGGUGUUCCACGUAAAAAGAAUGAUCGAGCAGCAGAAACACAUCCCAACCCACAUGCAGUCGUUGUUAAGUGGAGAAGUGAAACUGGAGAAUUCAAAGACUUUGAAUGACUGUAACAUCAAGGAACAAAGUACGCUUACACUGAUUAUUGAGCCUCCAAGUGAAGUCAGAAAUUUUACUAUUACACUGAAAAGUACUUUGGGUACAUGUGAGAUAGUAGAACCUUCACUUAUAAAACAAUUGAAGAGCAGUGCAUCAUUUAAGCUCUACUAUGGUUCAGUACAGUUAGAGGAAGGCAGUGCGUGCCUUUUCACACACAAGAGCACUCUGUUUGUCGCAUCACCUGAAGAAAUCCCAGUUCUAGUCAGAAGGCCCCAAAGUCACGAAACAGAGUUUAUUGGUGUUUGCCCAGAGAGCAAGGUUGGGAGCAUAAAGUCAAAGCUAGCUGGAGUGACCCCUGGUAACCAACUAUUUUUGGGAGGUGUCCAACUAUCGGAGAGCCAGACACUGGAUCAUUAUGGAAUAGCAGCAGCCAGCGAGGUUCUUCUGACUGACCCUGGAACAGUGCCACUCUUCAUCAGAACAAGGUUUAGAGAAGAAUAUAUCUGCUGUAGGCCAACCUGCACUACUCGGGAUUUGAAACUGACCAUUUCAAAGGUCUUAGGUGUACCUGUUGCAUGCCAGCGACUUGUCUACAACCAAAAUGUGAUGUUCAAUGAAACGAAAAAGCUAAGUUACUACGGUAUUCAUCCCGGUUCCACUGUUCUUCUUGUAAUCACCCCUAAUGAAAUGGAUGUUCACGUCACCCUGCCAUCAAAGAAGGUAACGACUCUCAUUUGCUCACAAGACGACAAAAUUGAAGAUAUCAAGUUGAAGGUUGAGCAAAAGGAGGGCAUACCUGUGGAGCAUCAAGCUCUGCUCUUUGAGGACGACAAGAUGACUCUCAGAGAGGCCAACAUCACACCUGGACUACACUUUCAAGUCUUCUAUGAUUUUUCUUCAUAUGCUCAAGUUGAUCAUAUCAGAACCAUGGACUUGCACCUACAGCAAGAAUGUCGCAAGAUUGUUCAAUCACAAAGGCAUCUUUUGGAUACUCAGGCACUUUUAGAUGCUAAACAGGAAAUAGAACAGACACAAAGUGACAGGAAAGUAACACUGCAAGAAUGUCACAUACGCAAAAGAGAAACGGUGGCAGAAAUUGAAUCUAGUCUCGUUAAAAUUUCAACUUUGCAGCGUGAAACUGACUUAAUGAGAAGGGAAAAUGAGAAAUUAAAGAGAGAAUUUGAUGCUGAAAAGGAUAAUAGUCUGAAGGAAAAACAACAUCUCGAGAAUGAGAUUGAGGGUUUAAGAGUGCACUCAACUGAACAAGAACGGCAGAAGCAGCAACUCGAGAGUGCUAAUCAAAACCUCCACGAGCGACUGGCAGCCUCUCGGGUUGAGUCAGGAACACUACAGCGACAGAUCACUGCACUUUCGGAAAGACUUGCUGCCUCUCGAUCUGAAUCAGCCGAACUACAGGAAAGACUGGUUGCUGCUUUAGGUGAGUUACAGAGGCAUUCGCAGAGGGACCCUGAAGCAGUAGACAUCACUCCUUGGAAUGUCCCACGCAGUGACGUACACACGUCGCCAGAGGAGAUAGGGAGGGGAGGGUGGGGGGUGGUGUUGCGGGGGACAUACGAGGGAGAGACGGUGGCCGUCAAGCAGCCUCACCGAGACCUCCUCAACCAGCGGCUCCUGGAGCGACUCAAGAGAGAGACUCGACUCAUGAUCCAGAUCUCUCACCCCAACCUCGUCAGGAUCAUCGCCGUGGUGUUUGACGAGGCGGCCGAGCGUCUGAGACGCCCGCCACUGAUUGUGACGGAGCUCCUGGACAUGAACCUCCGCCAGUGCUACCAGGAGAGGAGACUACAGCCGCGCAACAGAGUCCCCGUGUUCCUCGACGUAGCCAGAGGACUUCACUACAUGCACGACCGCACAGAGCCCAUCAUCCACAGAGACGUGAGUGCCCCUAACGUCCUCCUGAAGGCACUCCCCAACGGUAGGUGGAGGGCAAAGGUGUCGGAUUUCGGAUCUGCAAACCUGGCCCGUCUCUCCGUGACGGCCGGGGAAGGAGCCAUCAUCUACACGGCCCCCGAGGCCUUCCCUCUGCGAUCCCCCGACUCACCGAGACCGCGACACACAACAAAGAUCGACGUGUACAGUUUUGGGAUCCUCAUGUGCGAGGUGGUGACAGCAGAGCAGCCGGACCCAGAGCUGUACCAAGUGAGACUGGGGCAGGUAGAGAGACUGUCUCGUCCUUUGCACAGCCUCGUCGUCAGGUGUACCGACCACGACCCAGACAAGAGGCCCACAAUGGCCAAUGCCAUCCACGAAUUGGGUAAUAUCUCCUUACCCUAAUGCAGGAGCAUGAGUUUGACAUAACAUAUAGAAUAGAGCAGGAGCAUGACUGUAACUGAACAAAAUUAGCUUGUUUUGUAGAAUUUGCUUUCUUUUGAAACAUGUAAUGCCAGU